UUCAGUCUAGUUUGAACUGCAUGGUUGCCUUUCUAUAGUCUGUUGCAAGAGCUUCGUAUAAGUGGCCAUGAUGACGACCGAGUUGACAAUUCACUGGGUGGACUACCUUAUUGUAUGCCUCACACUGGCCAUUUGUUUAGGGAUUGGAAUUUUCUUUGGCAUAAAAGGACGACGAAGAUCUACAAGGACAGCUUAUUUCAUGGGAGAUCGCAAGCUUGGAAUCGUUCCCGUUUGUCUGUCUUUAUUUGUAACUUUCAUGUCGGCUGUUAGUUUACUUGGAAUUCCAGCAGAAAUGUAUUUUUAUGGAUCCGGAUUUUUUAUUUUCUUAUUGUCACUAGGCAUCUGUUACGUCAUCAGUAUCUACACCCUGAUUCCGCUUAUGUACCCCCUGGAAGUAACAAGCAUGUAUGAGUAUUUGGGUCUGCGCUUCGAGUCAACUGCCGUGAGACUGCUGGGAACGUGUGUGGGCAUGCUGCAGACAAUAAGCUACAUGGCCAUUUGUUUACUUUCUCCUGCACUAGCUCUGCAAUCAGCUGCGGGUAUUGAGUUAUGGCUGUCUGUGGUGGUAAUUGGUAUUGUGGGUACAGUCUACACGAGUCUGGGUGGUAUUAAAAGUGUUGUGUGGACGGACACGUUUCAAGCAGUACUCAUGUUUACUGGCAUCAUUACCAUUUUGGUAAAGGCUUUAAUGGAGGUAGGCGGAGUGAUGAAGAUGUUUGAAAUUGCAAACUCACAAGGUCGGAUAAUCUUCGAUGAUGUUAGAGUAGACCCACGAAUACGUCAAACUGUGUGGUCACUGACUAUCGGCGCAUUCUUCAGCUGGCUCCUCAUAAGUUUCAACCAAUCAACAGUUCAACGUUUGUCUUCACUCAGGACCAUGAGAGCAGCCAAAAUAGCCUUUCUUCUGAACGGACCACUCAUCAUUGUGUACGGAAGUAUCCUCUGUUUCACCGGAAUCCUCGUUUACUCGUACUUUUACUCAAAAGCUUGUGACCCGUAUAAAGCUGGUCUCAUCAAAAACCGAAAUCAGGUGAUGCCUUAUUUUGUGAUGCAAGUUUUAGCUGAACUUCCAGGAAUGACAGGUCUCUACAUAUCUACGCUUUUCAGUGCGUCUCUAAGCACAUUUUCUUCUGGAAUUAAUGCUUUGGCAGCCAAUACAGCUGAAGAUUUGCUUGGCUACCCAUUUGCGAAGUUCAAAGUCAAGGAGAGUACAGCUACACACAUAACCAAAUUACUUGUAUUGUUCUACGGGAUGCUAGCAAUCGGGUUGGCUUAUUUAGCCAAGUCACUUCACGGACCUGUUACACAGAUGGCGAACUCUGUCAUGGGUGCGUGUGGUGGACCUGUGUUGGGCAUUUUUCUUCUGGGAGCCAUCUUCCCGUGGGCGAAUAAACAUGGCGCCUUAUAUGGCUGUUUGGCAGCGAUCAUAUUUAACAUGUGGAUGGCCAUUGGAGGACAGAUAUAUGGAUCACCACCUGUGCCACUUCCACCAGCACCGACCUACGGAUGCGCAGCUAAUCAUACGUCCGUUCUGAUUAAUGUUACUGGAAGUCAAGAGUACAGUGUGUCUACUAGUAAUACAGUUUCACCUAAUACUAAUUUAAGCUCACCUACAUCAGAAGAAGGACCAUUGUUCAUUUACCAAGUAUCCUACCUGUGGUAUGGGCUCAGCGGUGUCGUCAUUUCCAUGACGAUUGGAAGUAUUUUAAGUCUGGUCACAGGAAAGUAUGACGUGACACUACUGGAUCCUCGGUUACUGUUUCCGUUUGCUAGGAGGAUUUGGAAAAUAAAGUUACGCGAGACUUCUGAUGGAGAGAACACAUUAAAGUUAGAACAGUCGUCAUUAAUGAAUGUCCGUGAGUCAUGGAAAAAGGAGAAAGAGGACAGAUUUCCAAGUCGUUCUUCCUUCAUUGUCCCAGGAGAUGGAAAUGAUUUAAACAUAGACUUGCAUGGUGAAGAGGACAGUGCAAUAUGAUUUAUCAAGACUGGAACUCGAAUCAUUCUAGAUGUUUCAUUCUCCUUUUUUCUGUAUUACAAAAUGUCCGCGAGUCAUGGAAAAUUCAGAAUGAAGAAACUAAUUUUCCAAAUCAGUCUUCCUAUUUUGCAAAUUCUACCUAGGAUAUGUAUAAUAAUCAGUAAAUUUGUAUAAAGUU